AUGAGCAAGAUAGAUGCGCCGCCAGCACUAGGUCAGAAGUGGGAGUAGAGGAGCGACCGAAACAGUUGCUGCCGCCGUCCAGUCCAGUCCAGGCGUCCACCAUGGUCUCCCCAACAGCGCUUCGGAUCCCCGCGCGCACCCACCCCGCCCUCGACUGCCGCCAAUCGCCUCACGCCGUCGUCAUCCGCUGCCGCCGCUCGGCCUCCGUUUCGCCGCCGCCGCCGGGGGACGCUAACGGCUCCACCGGCGUGCCCGCGCCGGCGCCGGCGCCGGCCAUCUCACUGCCUCGGCCGCUCACGAGCGCGGAUCUGAUGGAGGCCAGCGGAGACGGUUUGAAGGUAGCAUACCAGGGAUGCCCUGGAGCCUACAGUGAGGCCGCCGCCAAGAAGGCGUACCCGAGCUGCCAGACCGUGCCGUGCGAGUACUUCGAGACCGCCUUUCAGGCUGUUGAAAAUUGGGUAGCUGACCGUGCAGUCCUGCCACUCGAGAAUUCCCUGGGUGGUAGCAUUCAUCGAAACUAUGACCUGCUACUUCGCCAUAGGCUGCACAUUGUUGGUGAGGUGCGGCUUGCAGUUCGCCAUUGCUUGUUAGCAAAUCAUGGUGUGAAGAUCGAAAAUUUGCGAAGUGCCAUGAGCCAUCCUCAAGCUCUCGCACAGUGUGAACAAACACUAACAAAGUUAGGCAUUGAGCAUAGAGAAGCUGUUGAUGACACAGCAGGUGCAGCAAAGCUAAUUGCAGAACAAAGACUCCAGGACACUGGGGCAGUUGCUAGUUCGUUGGCAGCUCAACUUUAUGGACUGGAUAUUCUUGCAGAAAAUAUUCAGGAUGACACGGAUAAUGUAACCCGCUUUAUGAUGUUGGCUCGGGAACCCAUUAUUCCUCGUACUGAUAAGCCAUUCAAGACUAGCAUAGUCUUUUCUCUAGAAGAAGGGCCUGGACAACUAUUUAAGGCGCUGGCAGUGUUUGCUUUGAGAAAAAUUAAUCUCACGAAGAUGGAAAGCCGUCCACACAAGAAAAAGCCUCUACGUAUAGCUGAUGAUAAUAGUUCUGCACCGUUGAAGCAUUUCGACUAUCUCUUCUAUGUAGAUCUUGAGGCGUCAAUGGCUGAUCCAAAUGCUCAAAAUGCUCUGGCAAACUUAAAGGAGUUCGCGACCUUUCUAAGAGUUCUUGGGAGUUACCCUACUGAUGUCAGUGAAGCAUGAAUUGCCAAGUACCUGUUUCAGAAAUAGGGCCAGGGGCUUACGAUUGCUUCUACCGCCAGCUUGAAAACAUCGACAGUACAAGUGAUACUAAAUUGGAGGGUAAAGAUAUGAUAUAAAUAUAAAGAGAAGAGAAUGGCGGCACAAAGGUGCACAUGUUUUGUUUCUUUGUUUUAAGUUCUCUUUGUUGUGUUACUCACGGUUUCCUUUUGAAAUGGGACUUUGCAAUUUCCCAUUUUCACCAAAGGAUACUGAUGAGAUACCGAAUACCAAAAUUUGGUUCAAAUACAGUUCGACAUUUCCUUUGUUAGACCGAGAUUUUUCUGUUGAUUCGCAUAUUUUUACAUAGUACCCAUUUUCGUGUAUAACGUGUUAUCUCGUUAUCGUUUUUUUUCUUUUAAUAUCAUAGGGCAUGAUCAUUGGCAAUCCGUCAUCUUAAAUGUUAAUAAUGUGGUCUGUUAUUUCAAUGCCAAACAAGGGCAGG